GUAUGCGCAGGUGCCGCCUCUGAUGGGAAUAUCAAUGCCACGGAGUCCUUAACAAUGGCUACCAUACUGAAUGGAACUGAGAAGUUUGAAACUCCCACCAAACCAGCACCCAGUCCUGUGUUUGACAUUAAAAUUGUUUUCGUCAGUCCAACCAGCGUGGGCCUCACCUGGGAAAACAAUGACACAGUUGCUUCAAACUACACUUGCAGAAUAAAGAAUGAGAUGGAUAAGCCAUGGCCGCUCACUGCUAAUGAUCAGAACCGGUGUAACCUCACAGGCUUGCGUCCAGGGACUUCCUACACAUUCUUCAUUGUCCCGGAAAGAUCCAGUCAUAAUUGGGGAUAUCCCAGCAAAACUGUUACAACAAAGCCUCUUCCAGUGUCGGACCUUUGUGUUGCUUUCAUGGGUGUGACACAGGUUGUUCUUACCUGGAGCAAGGACAAUGGCACUGAAUCUUACCGGAUAGUUCUUCAAAGCACUAGCAACCAUAGCAAGAUGGUUGAUGAUUUAGCAGUCACCAUUUCAGACCUGAAGCCAGGGUUUCGACAUGUGGUCCAGUUUCUUCCAAAAUUACAUAAGACACCAAGUGAUACCACGGAAGGUGGCUUGGAUACCAACAACACAGAGAGAAGCCCAGAGGUGAGACUCCUACCAGACAACAGCCCCGUGGCUCCUGGCAAGGAGUCCCGAGGCAUAGAAGUUCAGCUCGUCGGGUUAGAGUCUGACACUCAGUAUACAGCCACUGUUUAUUCUCAAGCAGCGGAUUGCACAGAAGGACGGCCCCAGAACAUCUCUCCCACUGUUUAUUCUCAAGCAGCAAAUUGCACAGAAGGACAGCCCCAGAACAUCUCUUUCCUCACAAAUUCUGCUCAGGUUUUUGACAUCCAAGUUGUGGUCAUCAAUGCUACAAGCAUGACCCUCACCUGGAAAGACAAAUAUAAUGGGUCGUCUGCUGCCUAUACGUACAAGGUCCAUGUGGCUGGAGGCACUCAUUUCCUCAACUUCACUGUCCCCGAGAAAAGUCUCGUCAUCCUGGGACUCCACUCAAGCACCUUGUACAAUGUCACGGUGUUUCCUUUCCUGGAAGACGUUGAGGGAGUGCCGGGCUUUCUCCAGGUGUACACCCCUCCUGGUCCUGUCUCCCACUUUCAAGUGACACUUGUCCGCUUAAGGGAAAUUGGCUUAGCUUGGAACAGCAGUGACUCAGAUUUCUUUAGGAUUGUUACCACGCAGGAAGAAACUGGAAACCAUCAAGAUAAUGUGACGACCACCAACCAAACAAUUAUCAUCGAUAACUUAAAGCCUGGAACCAGUUAUCGUUUUGAAAUAUUUCCACAAGGACCCAAUGGGACAGAAGGGCCAUCUCAACAAGUUACAAGUAGAACUGACUCCAGUGCCGUGUGUGACAUCCAUGUGGUCCAUGUCACCACCACCGAAAUGCAACUGGAAUGGCAGAACAGAGACAAUGUUUCUGGAUACAUCUACCAUUUAGUUAUACAGUCUCAGUAUGGCUCCAACAAAACCAACAGUUCUGAGAAAAACAUCAUUCUGGAGGACCUCAUUCCUGGGACAUUGUACAAUGUCACAAUCACUCCGGAAAUAGACCAAGUCCAGGGGGAUUCGGGCUCCAUCGCACACUACACACGGCCCAGCAACGUGUCCUACAUUGUAGUGGAGCCCAAUACCACAGCAGCAGCCUUCCACUGGGAUAACACAGAUGCAGCCUCAGCAACGUACUCCUACCGCCUUGUUAUCUCACAGGCUGAAAGCAGCAGCAUAACCAAAGUGAUCAAAGACAUGGGAGUCACUUCCGUGGUAGUCACGGAGUUAACACCUGGCUCAUCCUACACAGUGGAGAUCUUUUCACAAGUGGGGGAUGGUCUUGAGUCAGGGCCUGGCUUGGAGUUGUUCUGUACAGAUCCUGCUCCAGUGACCUCCUUCCACUGUGAGGUGGUCCCCAAAGAGCCAGCCUUGGUACUGAGGUGGGCCUGCCCUCCGGGCACCAAUGCAGGCUUCGGGGUGGGGGUCAGCAGCACGGUCUGGGAGAAUACCACCCUCGUGGAGAGCUGUGCCUCCGAGAACGGCACCGAGUGCAGCACAAAAGUCACGUAUUUGAAUUUUUCUACCUCCUACAACAUCAGCAUCUCCACCUUGUCCUGUGAGAAGAUGGCUCCGCCCGCCCAAGGCACCUGCACCACCAGCAUCACAGAUCCCCCUCCUCCAGAUGGAUCCCCCAAUAUUACUUCCAUCAGCCACAAUUCAGUAAAAGUCAAGUUUAGUGGGUUUGAAGCCAGCCAUGGACCCAUCAAAGCCUAUGCUGUCAUUCUCACCACUGGGGAAGCGGGCCAUCCUUCUGCAGAUGUUUUGAAAUACACGUAUGAGGAUUUCAAAAAGGGGGCCUCUGAUACUUAUGUGACAUACCUCAUAAGAAUGGAGGAAAGAGGACGCUCUCAGGGCUUGUCUCAAGUCUUGAAAUAUGAAAUCGAUGUGGGGAAUGAGUCCACCACCCUCGGCUACUACAAUGGGAAGCUAGAACCUCUGGGCUCCUAUCGGGCUUGUGUGGCUGGCUUCACCAAUAUUACUUAUCACCAUCAAAACGAUGGACUCAUCAAUGGUGCUGAGAGCUAUGUGUCCUUCAGUCGCUACUCGGAGGCCGUUUUCCUGCCUCAGGAUCCAGGCGUUAUCUGUGGAGCCGUGUUUGGAUGCAUCUUCGGUGCCCUGGUCAUCGUGGCAGUGGGAGGAUUCAUCUUCUGGAGGAAAAAAAGGAAAGACGCAAAGAAUAAUGACGUAUCCUUUUCUCAAAUUAAACCUAAAAAAUCCAAGUUAAUCAGGGUGGAGAAUUUUGAGGCCUACUUCAAGAAACAGCAAGCUGACUCCAACUGUGGGUUCGCUGAGGAGUAUGAAGACCUGAAGCUGGUUGGAAUCAGUCUACCUAAAUACGCAGCAGAACUGGCUGAGAAUAGAGGAAAGAACCGCUAUAAUAAUGUUCUGCCCUAUGACAUUUCUCGAGUCAAACUUUCAGUCCAGACCCAUUCAACCGAUGACUACAUCAAUGCCAACUACAUGCCGGGCUACCAUUCCAAGAAAGAUUUUAUUGCCACGCAAGGACCUUUGCCCAACACUUUGAAAGAUUUUUGGCGAAUGGUUUGGGAGAAAAAUGUAUAUGCCAUUGUUAUGUUGACCAAAUGUGUUGAACAAGGGAGGACCAAGUGUGAGGAGUACUGGCCGUCCAAGCAGGCCCAGGACUAUGGGGACAUCACUGUGACGAUGACCACAGAAGUUGUUCUUCCAGAAUGGACCAUCAGAGAUUUCACUGUGAAAAAUAUCCAGACAAGUGAGACCCACCUUCUGCGCCAGUUCCAUUUCACCUCCUGGCCGGACCAUGGUGUUCCAGAUACCACUGACCUGCUCAUCACCUUCCGCUACCUGGUCCGAGACUACAUGAAGCAGAGUCCCCCGGAGUCCCCCAUUCUGGUGCACUGCAGUGCCGGAGUGGGAAGGACGGGCACUUUCAUGGCCAUCGAUCGCCUCAUCUAUCAGAUAGAGAAUGAGAACACGGUGGAUGUGUACGGGAUUGUGUAUGAUCUCCGCAUGCACAGACCUCUGAUGGUGCAGACAGAGGACCAGUAUGUUUUCCUCAACCAGUGUGUUUUGGACAUCAUCAGAGCCCAGAAAGACUCAAAGGUGGAUCUCAUCUACCAGAACACCACAGCGAUGACAAUCUAUGAAAACCUGGAGCCUGUGAGCAUGUUUGGAAAGACAAAUGGCUACAUCGCGUAGCAGUCCUGCCUCUUCCGGGAGUGAGGCAGCCCGUCACCCCCACCGCGAGGGAAACGCCCGUGCCCACGAGUCUCCUGUCUCCAAUCUUAGUCCUUUGUUCUGUUCUGUUAGAACCAUCUUCCAGCGAGUGUGUUAAGCCGUGGAGGUGGAGGAGUCGGGGCUGCCAGGGUUCGUGUGUGGGCGUGGAUGGAUCGGCUGUAAUUCUGCCCACCAGUGGGAUGAGUUCACUUCUCUCCCUCUCCCCUUGAAAAUUGUGGAAAACCAGGAAAAGUGAGCUCUAGGAUUUUCCUUCUUUUUCUUUUUUCCCCCCUUUCUUCAAAAUUGUUUUUCCUUUCUUCUUCUUCUUCUUCUUUUUUUUUAAGACUAUUUUCUAUGAUUCACAUGCUAAAGCCAGGAUUGUGUUGUGUUUUGGAUCUAUUUGAAGUAUCAGAGGCCUAUUUUUACCUACUGUAUCUUGGAAUCUCACUGCCUGAAAAUACUGCAUCGUGGGUGGGUGGAUGUUGUGUAGGGAGGGGCACUCGCGGAGCCCCCUUCUGCACGGGUUUUCUAUUUGAACAUGUGCCUUUUUCUGAAUAAUGCUUCCACAGGCAAAACUCAGUAGAUAUCUCUAUUUUUGUAUCGAAUCUCGUAAUUGGAAUAUAUGGGAUAUUUAAACAGUAGUUUAGCAUCAGAGGUCUGCCUGCUGGUCACAUUCCAGCCUCCCAUUUGAUUAGAGGAGGCCUCUCUCUCUCUUUCUCUCUCUCUCUCUUUCUCUUUCUCUCUGCCCACUCUGCCACCUUCUCCCACCUCCAUGUAACACUUUUCUUCCCUUCCCCUUCUCCUACUUUUCUCCAAAGACUUCUGUUUUGUAACUUAUGUUCCCCCCCAGCCCUUUGGUUGGGUGAGAAUUUCUGUAGGGGGUCGGGGUUGGAGGGAAAGGGAGAAACAGGAACAGAAGGAGUUCAUGGUGACAUCGAGGCUUCUGCCUCUCUCUUUCUCUUUCUCAUUUUUUUUCGUUGCCCUCCCCCCUUUUUCUCAUUGCUGUUUUUGGUAAGAAGGAUUAUUUAAAGGUGCAAUAUGUGA